GCUGCGUCACGACGUACUUCAGCAAAAUAGCCUCACCAGCCAAAACGACUGUUUCGUAUUUUGCCUGUAAGAGAGUUUGGCAUUGCAAAUACCGCAGAAUAUAAGUUCUUAUUGUUUUAAGUUGUUUACAUAUCAUAACUAAUAACAUAGCCAGCGGUAUAGGUUACGCCUGUGCAUGGUUUUCGUAUUAAUGAACGACUGCUGUUACUGUGAGUCGGAUGAGUAGGCUACGAUCCCAGGAGCUACGGAAGUCCCACCAGUUCAGUAUAGCGGUGGAUGAAGAUCCACAGAAAGGAUGAUCUACAUCAUAAUGGGAGUCUCAGGCUGCGGAAAAAGCACCCUAGGGGCCUUCUUAUCAGAAAAGCUGGGCUGGCCUCUGCACGAAGGGGAUAACUUCCACCCACAGGGGAACAUUGAGAAGAUGGCUCGUGGUGAGCCACUCACAGACCAGGACAGAUUGCCUUGGCUUCUCAAACUACAUGAAGUCAUUGAGAGGGAAAGGGCUUCAUGCUCUGAUGCUCUUGUGGCGUGCUCCGCCUUGAAGCGCCUCUACCGACAGAUCCUGCUCUUCGGCUCCAAAGCCCUCGCUUCCUCCUCCGAUCCAGACCAAGAUGUCCUACCUCCGUCCUCUCCUGAUGUCUUUUUUCUCUUCCUACAUGGGGACUACGAUCUCAUUCAGCAGAGGAUGGUGGCCCGCAGGGGGCAUUACAUGAAAGCAGAGCUGCUGCGUUCCCAGUUUGAUGUUUUAGAGCCUCCGUCGGAUGAGGAGAAUGUGUUGCCACUUGACAUCAGGAGGGGCGUCGCUGACAUGGCCAUGGAGGUCGAGAAGCACAUCAUCAGUCUCAUGUCGUCACCAAUGCCUUAAGCACAGUCCACAUCUAGUGUUAUAUCUUAGUGCAGCUGGCAUGUAAAGCACAGUCUGAGUUGUGGUGUAAGACGAGAAAGAAGCUUGUGCAGUAGUGAGUUUUGGUUGGAUCUACUCUAUAGCGCUUUACUACAGAACCUGUGUGACAGUUCAUACCACAGUUGCCUUUCCAGUAUAUUCCUGCUGCAGAGUAUUUUAUAUUGCAAACGUUUGAAUGGGGACCAUUAAGGGGUUUGUUUUGUGAAUAAGAAAUUAAGCUCCAACAGUACGUCACCAAGAAAAUGGCUGAUGUUCAUACGAGCAGUUUCACAUAGUGUGGAUAUUAGCUCCUUUUGAACUUGUGAAAAGGAUUGUGGUAGUACU